AUGAGCAAAACCACACCAAAAGACAAAGAGAAGGAGACUGGAGAAGAUGCCACCGACACCACGGACACCGCCAAUCCACCGCCAUUCUUCACGUCAGCGACUAUCACGACCAAGCACGGAAAAUCUUUGAAUGGCUGCGCAAUCAAACCUUCCUGGAGGAAAACGGAAGAGGACAGAAACAAGGACCUACUCGCUGCAGCCGUUGGAAACGAGUUUGUUUAUAUUUAUCGGCUUCCGGCGGAUAGGAACUGCAUUGAGCUGCUCAACACGAUAACCUUCAAGUUUAUGGUGGAUCCGACAAUGCAGAAGGAUCACGAUGAACUCUAUAGGGUGGCAUGGGUCUGUGAUGAGAUAGACAACUAUUCGUCCAAAAUAGUGACGGCUGGGAAGAAAGGACUUAUCUACGUCGUCAAUGUGGUCGAUAAUAAGAUGAAGCGGGUUCUUGAAGGAAAUAGAGGAGAAAUCAACGACAUCCGAACCAAUCCGUCAAAUCCGGGGAUGUUUGCCACUGCAUCCACGGAUUUCACUGUGCGUGUGUGGCACAUCAGGGCAAAAUAUUGCUUGGUUAUUUUUAAUAACCCUGCGGCUCAUGUGUCGAAAAUCCUCUCAGUUGAUUGGAGUCCCGAUGGACGCUCCCUAUUCAGCGGCGGUUUUGAUCAUCGGAUUGUCUGCUGGAAUCUUUCUGAAGAGAAUGUUAAAAGCCACUUGAAGAAAUGCUAUAAAAGAAUCAAGGCAGGGAGAUCGAUUGAAAAUAUCAAAGACGAGCUGAACAUGGACCCAAGGCUGAGACUGGCUGAAAAAAUCUUCGAUCCACACGGACACACACUGAUCGUCAAAACUGUCAACAACCUGGCCAACGAAAUCCAUUUUGAUCGCGUGGAUAGUCUGCGUAUCAUUGGAUUUAAUGGUGUCAAAUACAUUAUUUCCAAAUCUGCUGGCGAACGAGCGCAACUGAAGGUUUGGCGGUUCGGAACCUGGGGAGAUGUCGUCGAGAAAAAAUUGGACGGGCCACUUCGGGCUGUCACACACCUUGACAAGAAGAAUCUGGCCAUGUCCGAAGAUUGGUUCACAAAAAUGGAUGUUGACCUAUCACGGAAAUGGGUGGCCACGGCCGGUGAAGGUCUGGUGGUGUUCUUCAACCUGAAGUCCAUAAAUAACGAGUAUGUAUCCAGAAUUGGGACCAGCCAACUCCGUCAGGCCGCCUUCUCUGAAAAUGGAAAAAUUUUGCUGGCUGUUGGAGAAGAAGGAGUUGUCGCUCGAUUUGAUAGAAAUGAAGAUUUCAUUCAGAACAAUCUGCUCCAGUCUCUGUCCCUAGAAGAAAACAAUAAGACUGAUACUAAUGAGCCGUCUACUAGCAAACUUUCAGUCAGCCAAGCAUCUCGUCAGUUCAAUCGUGAAGAUUCCAUAGAUGAAGAAGACAUGUACAUGCCUUCCACAAGCGGAACUGCAAAUCGUUUCCAACCGCCUCCGAUAGAUUUUUUGGAUUACGAAUUGGACCACAAUCGCCCAUCCACCAGUGGACCAACAACUUGCGGUCCAUCAAGAAAAGUUCCCCGUUGCUAUCUCCGUGCUCUGCGAUCUAUUGAUGAGGGAAAUUCCCAAGAUCCAGUGAACAUUGAUCAAGACUCUAUGCCGAUGGAAACUGCUCCCUCUUGCUCGCUCAAGAGAGCUUCUCGACGCCAACUACAUUCUUCAGAUUUUGCUACCGAGGAGGGUUCUAGAAUGGAAGUCAAAUUCCGAAGAGAAGAGUCUUCUUCAACGUCUACACAGUCCACCAAUCGGGUCGAUGAGAACACCUCUUUGGAUCGAGCACCGGUGGAACCAUUGUCUGAUGCGUUUUCAGCUUCUCUAACCCGGACGCCGAUGUCUCCGCUGCGACAGGAUAAAAAAGCUGUUGCUAAUGCUAAACCAUCGUCACGAAAUUCGCAUGAUAGUAGUGAAGAUCGUGAGCCAGCUAACAAAGAAUACUCGCCCAAUUCUGACCGAGAACAUCCGCAUCGGAACAGAACAGGAACAGAAAAAGACCGAAAAGAUGACGAAGUGGUUGGAAGAAGGAUAUCUGAAGCAACGGAAUUUGAUCAACAAAUGCAUGGAAGCGUUGCAAGUUCCACUGGGCGGUUCACGAAUGACAUUGUGCCAACCGGAACAACCUCCAACCAAACCGUUACACGAGGGAGAAGUAGAGGGCGACCACUCAAGAUAAGAUAUGGUUGGCAGAGGUCAAAUCCGCACGUGAACAAUACUCGUCCUUCAUCUAGUGGACAGCCCGGAAGUCAGCAGCCUCGUCGAGGCGUAGGCCGACCUCGUUGGAGCGGAAGACAAGUUCAAGUUCCAAGAUCGUCCCUAACAACAAUCAAUUUGCCAGCAACGUCUUCAUUCGAACGUUCUGUUAGCGGAGUAACGGUCACAGAAUCCACAAGAGGACCUGGCCGACCAAGAAGACCCAUUCAACCAACAGAAGGCGCAGAAGCAGCUCUAAUUGAUUCUAAUAAAAUGGAUGCCUACCAGAAGUGA